GAAGGCCACACUCCAUUCGCUCUAUAUACAUCUACAUGGCCUCCUCUCAGAAAGUACUCUAACCCUGUUCCACCCCUGUUUCGGACCAAAGAUGGAAGAGAAUUCAGUGGUUGCAACGAGCACAGUGGCUUCGCGCGGCCAUUUUAGGAGCCAAUGAUAGGUUGCUUUCCACUACUUCUCUAAUGCUUGGCGUAGGUGCAGCAGAGGAGGUUAGACAGUCCAUGAUCUUGUCUGGACUAGCCGGAGCUCUUGCGGAUGCUUGUAGCAUGGCUGUCGGUGAGUUUGUCUCUGUUUCGGCCCAGAGAGACAUUGAGGUGGCAGUCACUGGUUGGAGAAAUCCAGAAACCAAGCCGGUGGAGACAAACUUGCGUUUGUCGAAUGUCCUUACUUUUGGAAGGUUUCCGGUGAUGAAGGUGGCGGCGGAGGAUGCUAAAAUGAAAAUGCAGGAAGAUGGUGAAACAGAGCAAGCGCUUCCAAACCCAUAUAAGUCGGCAACUGCAUUAGCGCUGGCGUUUUUAUUUGAGUCGUUUCUACCGUUGGCUUCAGCAGCGUUUACCACCGCAAACACCAUCCGAAUUGCAGUGAUUGCGGUGGCAUCGUCUAUGGCACUUGCUCUUCCCAAGCAGAACAUCGCCAGUGAGAGUUCUGAUCGGAGGAUGGAUUGCAAAAUGGGAAUCACUUACGAAAAUGCAUGCUUGGUGGACUUGGGAAAAGAGCGUCUGAAAACUGUCGUCUUAAAGCAGAGCAGGGUUUGGAAUUUUGAUUGUGAAACAGAAGUUAUGGACCGACUAGAGAAGAAGGGGGUUCUCCCAAGAUUAGAUCGGCUCGAACUUUUGGUAAUGGUGAAAUCUCUUGAAGAAAGACAUUCAUCUUGCAAGAACGAUGUGCCUGUUGGAGAAUUCAUGGAACCAGAAGUCGAAUCCAGGACUCUGUCCUCUGCGCUGGAGGAAGUUAAUCGGAAAGGUACCCUGAUUGAGCGACUGUCGGCGCUUGAGAAUCGAGUACUCAAGUUGAGUCUGGAUUUGGACAUCGGAAACACCACGUUGAGAACAAGCUCUUCCGCCGUUGCGGUGGCCGCAAAAACUGAAUCCACAAACGCAGAAGAAGACGAUGACAAUUUAACAAUGAAGCACAGAGAGAUGAAAGAAAAUAGCUUGAAAGAAGCCUGUGGAAGAAACUUGCAGGGUGGCCGGCAAAGAAGAAGUAGAAGGAUGAGCACGUUGAAGAUGCCACCGAACAAAUGGCUAGGCUCAGGGUGGUUUAGGAUGGGAUGCCAUUAGGGGUGGCCAAAAGCCACCCGACCCAUUAACCUAGCCCUAACCCGAGUAGUAACAAUGGGUUAGGUUUACGUAUCCCAAUCCAUGACCAGUAAAUAACUUGUGGUAAACUUAUAUGAGUAAUAAUUUGUGGUAUUAACU